UCUGGGGCACACCAUAAAGAUUGGAGAAGUGAACUGAAGAGAAUGUAUUCUGAGCACCCAGUGGAGAAAUGAGCAAGCAAGAGAGACUCCCGCUGCUGCUGCUGUUUCCACUACCUUCAAUUCUACUAUUUCUUUGCCCAAAAGAUUGUUUAUCUCUGUCUGGCCCCAGUGAGGUGACUGGCAUUGUAGGAAAAUCCUUGAUGGUGCAGUGUUCCUAUGAAGAACAAUACAAGACUAAACAUAAAUACUGGUGCAAAAGCUCAUUUUAUUUCCUCUGUAAUAAUAAUCAAGAAUCAAGAGUUUUCAUCAGAGACAAUCGUGAAAAUCUGACAUUCACAAUCACUAUUAAAAACAUCACUGAAGCUGAUGCAGGAGAAUAUUAUUGUGCGAUUGACAAACCGUUAUUGGAUUCCACGUUCUCAGUUACUAUAAUUGUUUCUCCAGAAUCUACGGUGGUCCCAAAUAGAUAUUCAACCACAUCACCAACAAACAAAAUAACGAGCAAAAAUGAAAUAGGUGGAGAGAAGACUUCAAAAGAGAUUAAUGACAUUAUGCAACUCCCAAGAUCUGGUGUUUUUGACAAGGCUGGAGUACUGCUCUUGAUCCUGAGUCUUUUAAUUAUUUUAUUGGUGGGAGCUUUGUGUUUGACUUGGAAAAUGAGACAGAAGAAAGCUCGUGAGAAAUCCAAAGUGUUCCUGGACUCUGGUCAGCCCAUUAAUGAACUUUGUUACAAGAAUCUGAAGCUGCAGGAGAGACCCUCAAAUCAGGAUCCACUUAUCCAAAGCAACCCAGAUAUAGAACACAGCACUGUGAUUGAUGAUCAAGACCAGUCUGUUACAUAUUCCAUCUUAAAUUUUCCUCCGGACAACCAAAACAUAGCUCUGGAGACUCAGAAGUACCUAGAGGAGAAAACAGUGUAUAGUACAAUAAAGUUGACAUAGGCUGCAACCAAUUGGCCUCCUACACUGAAACCCAGCCCUUUGGAGAAAAACAUAAAUAAACUUAUAUCUAUUUUCCACAGAGCCUUAUAUAGAAAUUUUAUAUUGUAAUGGUGUCUCAGAAGUAGGUAUGUAGCACAUACUAAUAUAAUUAACUAAAAGAUUGGCUGGUAGGAGGGUGGAAAGAGGAUAAUUUUCAUCUGAAACCCAUAUAGAAAGAUAUAUGAGAAAGAAGAUCUAUCUUGGCUGGGAUUCGAAGAUCUGGGUUCAAAUUCUGUUUCUUUCUGAGUCUGAGAGAACUAAUAGAAAUUGAAUGUGGAUCAAAACACCAUUUUUACCUUUUUGUUGUUGUUGCUUGUUUGUUUGGAUUUUUUCUUUCUUUCUCAUGUUUUUCCCUUUUGAUCUGAUUUUUUUGUGUGUAGCAUGGUGAAUAUGGAAGCAUAUUUAAAAGAGUUGUACAUGUUUAACCUAUGUCAAGAUUGUUUACUCUCAAGGAGGAAGAGAGAAGUUUGGAAUGUGUUUUGCAGGUGUGGAUGUUGAGGUCCAUUUUUGUACAUAUUAGGAAAAAUAAAAUACUAUAAUCAAAAAAA